ACAAAUUAAUUUAUAUGUAUUUAUACAUAUUUAAAUAAAUAAACUUUUUGUGCGUGAGCAAAAACUAUUUUUAUAAAAUAAAAUAAAUUUUGAGUUCAAUUUCUUAGUAAAAAUUUAGAAAUAAACUAUUUUGGAUGGUUUGAAGAUACAAGUGGCAUGCAUGUCAAACCACUCUAGUUUCUGUUAUGCCAUUCUAAAAAUGUAAACCCAUAAUUUUUGGCAUACUCAACAAUCAAAAGCAAGAGUCAAACUCAUUAGGACAUGGUGAGAAUCAAAAGCUAGAGCCAAACUCAUUACUGAUUUUUGUCAAACUAGAAAUCAAACAAGUUGGCUGUGGUCAAAGCAGGAACCUAGAUUUUUACUGAUAAUAAAAAUGAAAGACAAGUUCCAAUAUUGCAGGCCUUUGUUUACCUAUAAACAGGGCUCCAACCCCCUACUGUUUUGCGUCGCAAGUUGCCUCCUCUCCUCCUUCAUUUUAAACAAAAGAUUCCAGGAAAGGUUGAAAAAAACGAAAGAAAGAAAAGGGUUGAAUAUUGGAACACAAAGAUUUCCCUCUCCUUGAUCUUGUGCUUUGCCAAAUACCCUUUUUCUUGUCCAAAUGGAAUGGUCUGCAGCAUCUGCUACUAAAGCAUAUCUUGAGACUCUCCAAUUGUGGAAAACACGAGAGCCUAGAAGCAACGAGUUCAUAUCAGCUUUAGCAGCACGCAUGAAAUCUAAACUGAUAGUGGAGGUUAAACCCCGUGUAUCACCAUCCACAUUAGCAUUAGCCACUGCUGCGAAGCAUACUGGGGCCAAAUUUGUCUGCAUUCUACCAGAGGCAGCCCUUCCUGAAGUCAAAAGAGAAAGCAAAGAUUUAGGUCUCACUGAUGUUGUAGAAUUCAAAACUUACAAAAUUAUGGAAAGAUUGAUUUUUCUCUAGUUGAUUGCAAGAAUGGUGACUACCCAAAGUUGCCAAAUACGAUAAAAGUUAACCCAAAAAGGGCAGUAGUAGUGGCUACCAACUUAUCGGAUGACAAACAAGGCUUGGGAGCUCACAUCGUAGGAAAGAAGAAUAAGGUUACAGUGAGGUCCAUGAAGCAUCCCAUUGGGAAAGGAAUGGAAAUUACUACAAUUGGAAAAACCAACACAAGUGAAAGGCAUGAUCAGGGUGGUGGAGGUCACUUUGGAACGUAAAUUAAAAGGGGAAUUCCGCUGAAGAAGACUGCUACUGCUAAGAGCAAAUGGAUUGUUAAAGUUGAUGAGGAGAGUGGGGAGGAACAUAUCUUCAGGGUGCCAGGGUAUAGUUAAAUUCACCUUUUUUAUCUACCAAAAUAGUUUAAUAUAUUACACUGCAGCUAUAAGCUUCAAAUCAAGUUUCUUUCUAUAUUGAAGCUGUAAAUUUUGACUAUUGAUUUUGACCAUCCAUGACAAUUAUGAAUUAUCCCUUCCCACAGUCCCCAGAAUAUGUUUACUAUAUUGAAAAGCAAGG